GUGUGUGUGUGUGUGUGUGUGUGUGUGUGAAGGAAUGCGAGGCUACACGGGUCAAAUAACAGAGAGAAAACACACCGAGGUGUAAUUAAAGCUGACUAUCUAUGAGUUUUAUGGACUUAUUUCACACACCGCUGCUGUGAGGUGAAUAUGGGAUGCGGCAGCUCCACAAACACCGACGUGGUCCAACCGUUGAGACCGGAAGAGGUGAAUGGAGACGAGGAUGAGACAGGAAGUAAACUCGAUGGUCGUGGAGACUCGGCCGUGUCAAAGGGCACCACGGACAGCGGGGUGGUGAUGGAGAACAGAGAGAUCCCUGUGUUACCUGGAGCAGUGCCCAGAAAACUACCUCCUCUAACAUGUGUCAGAGAAAGUGAGGCUGCACAAGAUGGUUUACGCCCAAAGUCCAGUGAGAUCCUGGAGGAGCUGCUGAACCAGGGCAUCAUCCCAGUGGGACAGACCAGGGAGAGGGGCAGCGGGGCUGGAGAGGCCUAUAGCAUCAUGCUAGAUGACACGGAGGGGGUCAAGCGAAGACCUCCUGCGAGACUGGAGUCCCUGAAGGCCAAGAAGGAGCAAAGUCUCCCCAGCAAAGAAGAGAUGGAGGAGAAGAUAAGACUUGCUGAGGAGAGACGCAAGUUAAAGGAGGAUGAGCUCAAGGCACGUUUGAGGAACAAGUCGGCCCGUGUGCGUGGCCCUGCCCCCACUUCCAGCACCGAGGAGGACGAGGCCCUCACCCUUGUGGAGCCGCUACAGUCCCCUCUCACCCCGGACCCCGUAGAUCCACCGCCUAGCAGCCAGAUCGCACGCCGGGAGGCCGAGGGCGGAGAGCGGGUGACGAUGGCGGACCGCUCGGCUGCAGACCGGGCCUGCAAGGACCCCAACCCAAUCAUUGACGGCAGGAAGGCCAAUGUCAACCUGGCCUACCUGGGAGCCAAGCCUCGGGUGAUGCAGCCAGGUUUUACCUUCGGUGUUCCCCAAAUUCACCCUGCGUUCAUCCAAAGGCCUUAUGGCAUCCCGGCCCACUAUGUGUACCCUCAGGCCUUCGUACAGCCUAGUGUGGUCAUCCCACAUGUGCAACCAACAGCUACUGCACCCGCCACCGCUUCCUCCCCCUACAUCGACUACACCGGAGCUGCCUACGCGCAGUAUUCUGCAGCUGCUGCCAGCGCAGCCGCCGCAGCUGCAUACGAGCAGUAUCCGUACGCCGCAUCCCCUGCCGCCGCAGGCUACAUGGCUACCGCUGGCUAUGGCUAUGCAGUCCAGCAGCCUUUAGCCACCGCUGCCCCGGGGUCAGCGGCUGCGGCAGCCGCUGCGUUCGGUCAGUACCAGCCUCAGCAGCUGCAAGCCGACCGCAUGCAAUAGCAGCCACUGCAACCACUGGACAUGCAGAGCGAGGAGGAGGCCCGCCCCCCGCCACAGCUGAUUGGUCACGAGAAGGAGCAGCGAAGGAAAAGGAAGAGGGAGUGGCCUUAAGGGUGGGCAUGUCAGCGACUCAGAGGCAGAGUUGCUUUAAAAAAGGUGAUGAUGAUGAUGAUGAUGAUGAUGAUGAUGAUGGUGAGGUGGGAACUUUUUACAGUAACUUUCCAACUUGCUGUGCUUCAACCAAAAAACGAGAAAAUGAAAAAAAGUCGCAGAACAAAUAAUGGAAAGUGAUUUACUAUUAUUAUUGUUGUUGUUAUUACUAUUAUUAUUAUUAUCAUUACUAUUAUCAUUGUAGUAGAGUACUUAUUUCUAGAGAAGAAAUGCAGGAACUAAUCCCUGUGGUAUAGGUGUUAAACUAAGCCUUUAAGUCCUAUUGCUGUCUUUAACGUUAGUUUAGGAAACUGUUCUCUUUUUUUCACUUGUGGUUUUCCACAAGUGUUUUUGGUUAUUUGAUGCCCUCAUAACAUUUAUAUUUAUUACUGUUAUUGUUACACAUUGGGGGCUCUUCUUGUUCUUUUUGUCUUGUCAAGUGCAUUUUUUGGAGUUAAUAUUUUCUGAUAAUCAGGGAAAUGGAACCGUUUCCAACGUGUUAGCUAUUAUUAUGUGACCUCUGUCAGGAAGUCGAAGAGUCGUAACUCGUCGUGUCACACAUAUUUGAAGAACUACCUUUUUAUCUUCCUGAUGCUGAAUGUCCCUUUUUUUAUUAUGUGUCUCGACCUCUUGACCUAUGCAAAGCAAACAAAUCAACAGGAGACAAAAACAACAAAGAAAAGAAACAAAAAACUGAAAACGUCAUCAACUCUGACUUGAUUCUUGGACUAAAGAGGGACUUGGCAAACAAAACAAAACGCACUGACAAAAGGAGAGAGGUUGAAAAUGGCUUCAGACAAUGAGAAACACUAAAUCAGUCGCUUUUCCACAUGUUUCACUCACACGUACACUGACACACAUGCAUCCAGAGUUGCACACAUAGCAGUCAAAGACAAAGGCAGCACAGUUGUGUGUUUCUCUGUGGCUCUGGGAUGGAGAGAAAGAAAAAGAGAAAGAAAGAGGGAGAGAGCAGCUGCUGGUGGGGGUGAACAGAGCCGCUCCAGCGCCACACAGACAGAUCACUCUGGAAAGAACGCAUCACUUGUGCUCGUUUGUUGAGCUGUCACAUUUUAAUCCCCAGGCCGGGCCCAUUUGGGAACCAACUUCACACCCCUCCACCCAGCACAGAGCCCCACAGCAUAGCCUCACCCACUCACACCCACCCCCCCGUUCAGUCAUUCAGCUCUGCAGCUGUCAGCACUUCCACCUCUGUGCUGCUGUAGUCUGGUGUCAGGUACACACUCACACAAACACACACGUUCAACCAAAGCCACCCCAACAACUGGCCUGCCUCAUGUCUGUCAAGAACACCAGGUGGGGUGGAGAGAGGACGGGGGGUUUGACUCUUUGACAUUAUGUUGGUCUGUGUGCCUUAAAAUUUUUACUGCUAUUUAAGAGAGAAAAAAAAAACUGAAAAAAAGAGAGAAAUGUUCUAUUUAAGAUAUUUAUUUUUGAGAGUUGACUAUGUUGACGCUCUGAGAGUAGAGACUUAGUGGCGGUACUGUAUUAAUAUCAUUAUGUACUCAUCUCAAGGCAUAUAUAAGUUAUUGAUUAGUUUUAGUAAUAAUAUUAUUAUAAUUAUUAUUAUUAUUAUUAUUAUUAUUAACAUACUCAACCAAAAAUGUUGAUGUAGGAGUUAUUUAAGAUACUGUUAUGUGCACUGUACUUUUAUUUUUUAUCUUUUUGAUUCUUUAGAACAUGACAUUACAUAUUAGCUUAAUGCCUUUAUGCCUUUUGUAGGGAAGAAACUUUAUUUAAAUGCAGGCCUGUUUGCAUGCAGAUUGUACUCUGCCUCUUCUGUGUUUAGAUGAGAGGAAAAAAUAAUAACAAUUUUCACAAAAAACAAGCGAAAAUGCUGCUUUCUCCACUAGAAUGUAUAGUCGUCGUCGAGGUUUCAGUAGCUGUGCUUCUUUUGCUUAAUAUUCAUCAGAUGGGCUAUUUUACACUGUUGGGAAUUUUUAUACUUGAACUAUUUCUUACAAGGGAAAUAUGAAAAAUAAAUGACAAAAAAACUUUUUAAGGAAGCUUUUCAUUGUCACUGGAUGAAGGCAUGUAAAGUGUUACUAUUUAAAUGCAAAGGUCCUGUUGAUAUUAAAACCUUUACUUCAAGAAUUUCAACUUCAUUUACUCAAAAUUGGAAUAAAAUGUUCUAUAUUUAAAA